AUGGAUCAGAAGCUGUUAGAUGCAAUCAAGAAGAACGACCCUCCCACAUUCUUGAGGCUGAUUCAGGAGAACGAGGCAAUCCUGCAUCAGAGAACAGACGAAUCCUUGAGCACAGCCUUACACGUUGCUUGUCGGCAUGGGAACGUAGAAGCAGUAUCAGAAAUUGUGAGGUUGUGCCCAGAAAUGGUGGAUGCAGAGAACAAGAACCAGGACACUCCAUUUCACGAGGCUUGCCAAAAAGGGAACGUGCAGGUUUUAAGGCUGCUUCUUGGGGUGAAUGCCAAAGGUGUAAUGAAACUCAACUCUAGCGGUAAAAGUGCCUUUUAUGAAGCUUGCAGCUACGGCCACCUCGACAUGGUGAAUCUUCUUCUGAAUCUUCCCGAUGAUACUGUGGACCCAAAGGAACCCAGUUUUGAUGCAACAUGUGUUCACAUCGCUGCUUCAAGAGGACACACUGAUGUGGUGAGAGAGCUGACAAACAAGUGGCCUUAUCUUGUUGAGGUGGUAGACGAUGAAGGGAACUGGCCACUGCACCAUGCUUGUUACAGAGGUCACAAAGAGAUGGUGUGGAUGCUUCUGAGGAGAGACCAGAACGUGGCUCUUCAGUACAACAACAAUGGCUAUACCCCACUUCACCUGGCAGCCAUGAAUGGUAGGGUCUCUGUCCUGCAAGACUUUGUGUCGUGCAAUGCGGCGUCGUUUCACUAUCUCACCGCAGAAGAAGAGACCAUCUUCCAUCUGGCUGUGAGAUAUGGGCACUACAAUGCUCUGGUCUUCUUGGCUCAGGUCUCUAAUGGCACCAACCUUCUUCACUGUCAGGAUCGAUAUGGGAAUACUGUCUUGCAUCUUGCUGUUACUGCUGGGCGCCAUGCGAUAGCUGAGUUCUUGAUCAACAAGACAAAUCUGGAUAUCAAUACUCGGAACAGGGAAGGACUGACAGCACUUGACAUCCUGGAGCAGGCCAAGGACAGUUUAGAAAACAGGCAGCUUCAAGCAAUAUUCAUCAGAGCCGGCGCCAAAAGAAGCAACCACUUCCCAUCUCCUUCACUGGAACCACCAGGAACUUCCAAUAAUAGUUCUCUAUCACCCAUAGCUUCCAGGCUUUCUCAGUCCCGAACCCAUGAUACUAAAUCAAACGAGCUUGAGCUUCACAGCUAUGAAAUGAUCUCUUUCGAAUCCGUAACCCCUCCAGAAGCCAGCAAAAACACAUCCCCUCGCCCUCAAACUCUGAACAGAUUUGAGAAUCAAAUUUAUAAAUGUGAUGACUUCCCUCCAAAAAUCGCUUGGAAACAAAAAAAUCAGAGCAGAAAACAGAGGAAAAAUGCGACCGAGAGCCAUGAGAUGCAGAAAGAGGCGUUGUUAAAUGCAAGAAACACAAUCAUAUUAGUAGCUAUCUUAAUAGCGACUGUGACUUUCGCUGCUGGUGUCAAUCCACCUGGUGGAGUGUACCAAGAAGGACCCAUGAAAGGGAAGUCAAUGGUGGGAAACUUGACAGCUUUUAAAGUGUUUGCAAUCGCAAACAACAUAGCACUGUUCACAUCUCUAUCAAUAGUGAUUGUGCUCGUGAGUGUGAUUCCAUUCAGAAGAAGGACUCAUAUGAGGUUGCUGGUGGUGGCUCACAAGGCCAUGUGGGUGUCAGUGGCUUUUACUGCAACUGGGUAUGUGGCAGCCACAUGGGUGAUCUUGCCUCAUGGAGUUGGGCUUCAAUGGCUAUCUGUGGUGCUCAUAGCAGUAGGAGGUGGCUCUCUAGGCACGGUCUUCAUUGGUUUGACAAUGAUGUUGAUUGAGCACUGUUACAGAAAAUCAAAGUGGAGGAAGAGAAGAAGCCAAGGUGUGGAGGAAGGAGAUGCUGGCUCUGAAAAGGAAAGUCAAAACUCAGAUGUCGAGAGUGCUUAUUUCCAGGGUUAUCAUUCAUUCUGAUACAUUAGUUCUCUUGAUUUCUCUGUAAUUAGUUUAACCAUGCUUCUAUUUUAUAAAUCAAGCUUUCUUUCAAAGAAAAGUCUUGCAAUAUUAAUUAUGUUCAUG